CAGCAGCAGCAGGCCGGGGAUGAAGUGAUUCACUGUAUGGAGAGAGAGAGAGAGAGAGAGAGAGAGAGAGAGAGAGAGAGAGAGAGAGAGAGAGGGGUUGAGGAGUUUACACCUCUGCACCGUUUCCUUUCUCAUCAGUUUCUCUGUUGUUGGACGUCUUGAUCUGAUUUGUCGUCUGCUGUUUGUCUGUCUGUCUCCUUUCUCCACCUGUUGUUCACUGGCACUGUGAUGGAUCUCAGGACUGUUCUCACCAUCUCAGCUCUUUUACUUGUGCCUGCUGAAUCAUACCAAACAGUGUUUAACAGCACUACCAACACCAAUGAAGCCAACAGCACCAGGAAUUGUUCCUGCAACAGCAGUGUUCCAGUAACCAGUCCUAGCCCCACCACCAGAUCCAACAGCCCUGCACCUACCCUGCACCUCCUCAGAAUCCAAUGGGAAAAAAAGGGUAGUUGUGAAGGACACGUUGAGCUGAUCUCCUACAAAGCCUCCAACUUCCAGCCCAUCUGUUAUAACAGUAACACAAACAAGUGGCUUUUGGAAGAUGUGUGUAAGAACAAGAAAGGUUGUAAAGGCCCAAUGAGCUGGAGAAAAGGCAAGACGCAGAACUGUUCUUACAUCACAGAGAAUGGAACAAUGGUUGAGUCCCACUAUGAGACUCUCCGGGUGCAGUGCACAGCUGAGGUCCUCCCAGAUCUACAGGGGCAGCUGAAGUCCUACAAAGUGGUGACAGGUUUGCUCUGCUGUGUGCUGCUGGUCCUGUUACUGCUCCGCUUCACCAGACCCACUUUCAAAGCCCUGCAGAAGAGAUUGUCAGACAGGAGGCAGAAUCGCUGGAUCGGACCUACACAGAGUCACAGUGUGUCCUACCAUCGAGGAAAAACUGCAGUUAAAAACAAUGAUGGGGAGAAGAGGCUGUCCUACCCUGCUCUGGAGCGACUGGCGGUCAGUGACAGCAGGGAGCCUUCAUCCAACAGGAACAGUGACUACAACUACUGACACGUCUUGUCAUCCUCCAUCCUCCAUCAUCAUCAUCAUCAUCAUCAUCAUCAUCAUUAUCAUCGUCAUCCUCUAUACAUGGGCUGAGCAUUCUUACUUGACUAUUUCUGGAUUGUAUCUUUGCGCAGUAAUAUCAGACCUGUUAAGAUCAUGUAAAAGCGAUAAUUCAUCUCUUUGUGUAUCUGCAUUUGCUGCAUCAGAUACUGAACGUUUUGUAAUAAUAACCAGUAGUUGGUAUUUACAGCCAUCAAUGUAUAAUAUUGUAUCUAAACUCAGUUUAUCAGCUCUUGUAAAAUGAAACCAGAACGUUACAUAAACCUCACUGAAGUUAUGUUGAACGCACAGUUAAACCCCAACCCUGUAGCAACUGUAAUGCUAUUUAUACAUCUAGAUUGUUUUGGUGUGCCGAGUUUUGGAGAUAUAAAAAAAAAUUAUUUCAAAACUUAACAGCAACGUCUCUUUCCAGAAAUCAUGACCCAGUUACCACUCACAACUAAUCCACAGAACUUGGGGUGAGUGGUUUCAUGUUAGAACUAUUUUCUUUCUACCAAACUACACCCGCAAAUCGUUGCUGAACAUUAGCUAUCCCAGUGGUGCUUGGUGAGCUAACAUUACACCUCAGUGGAGGAGGACAUCAUCAAUGUUUACAUUCUGCGCAGCCACAAGCCUCUCGUUCAUGAUUGGAUGUAUGCCGAUACGUAGAAAAAAAUAAUGAUUCUAUUAUAUUGGAGAGAAGGCAGACAACUAUAGGCCGAUAUCUCCAAAACUCAGCAACUCACAACAAAACUGAGAAAAAAUCUGAAUGGAUAAAUAACACUUCAGUUAAAAAUAUGUAUUUUUUAUUUUGGGGGAUAACUGUGAGAUAUUUUACACACUUUUUAGCCAUCAUUGUAUAUUGUGCUCGUACAUUCUGGUUUUAGCAAUCACAAAGCAUCUCAAACUGUCCUGAAUGGUGUUGCCCUGCAGUUUCAAGUUCUGUCCAGGUGACUCCUGGAUAUUUGCCCGACUAGCUUGUUCACUAGCAAGCUCCAACAACAAGUUGUUAGAAGGUGUAUUUUUCACUUUUAGCUGCCCUUUCUUCCGGUCUUUGUGCUUAGCUAAACACAUUCAGGACCUCUCUCGGCAAACGGCAAUAAAACUGAGAAACUCAACAAGUGGCAGCUACCAGCAAGAGUAGUUUCCAAAAUGGCAGAAGGUUCCUUUAAUCAUAAAAACAUUCAUAAAAACCUACUGAGAACAUUGAUUCAAUAACAUGUGAUUCACUGACACUGUAAUAAUGAACUGCAUUUCUUUUGUUGACAGCUUGUGAUUUUUGAUUAAUAUUGUGAACUAUGUAUUUUCAGUAAACAGGAUCUAAGUCGUGUUUGACCUGAUUUGUUGUCUUUGAAGUAGGUGAAUGGAAAAUGUUGUAGAUUUUGGAGAAGACAGAAAGACAGAGAGGAGGAGGAGGAGGAGGAGGAGAGAGUGAGAGACGAAGGUGGUUACUAAGUGCAGAGAUGUGGUUUCCUCUGCCGUUGACACCAACUUCCUGUUUGUGUUAUUUCUGUCAUAACCUCGAUAACUUUGCCCCUCUCCUUCUCUUCUUUCUUCAUUGUAGUCUUCUCAUGUUUCUUCCAGUCCCUCCUCGUUCUUUUCAUCCGUCUCUUGUCUUUUCUUUUGUCUGCUUCUCUUCUUUUCUUCCUCCCACUUUCUCUUUUCGUCUCAUAAGUGUUGAAGUCAGCUUUGAGGUUAAUCGUUCAUUUAUCAUCAUCGCUGAUUGGAUUUGAACAAAUCUUUGUGGAAAGCUGCCCCUGAAUAGUUCCUGUUACACUGAUGGAAAGUUCUUUAAAGGCAGUGCCGUAUUUUACGACUUGGGAGUGAGGCCGGGUUGGUCAAUGCUGGUGGUUCACAGGCAGAUUUAGAGACUCACCGGUUGUUGUUUCUUGGCUGGCUCAAUUUAAAUGAGGAUUGUUUUGAAUUUGUAAUUUGUCAAUCAACAGCAUCAUCAGCUGGUAUCAUUGAUGGUAUCUUUUCAGAAAUUAAAAUGGUUUUUCAGAAACA